AUGCUCGGGGCCGGCUGGGCUGGACCACCGCCCCAGCACCGGACGCGCCCCCGGGCAAGGGAAACGCGCCUGCGGUUGAUCCUGACGGGGAUCCCGGGCAUGGAGCAGCUGCACGUCGGGGUCUCCAUCCCGUUCUGCUGCACAGCCCUGCUGGGCUUUGGGGUGCUGCUGCUGCUCCCCAUCUGUGCAGAGCACAGCCUGCACCAGCCCUUGUUCCCGGCCGACACCAUGCUGGCCAUCACUGAGCUCAUGCUCUCCCCCACGGCAGUGCCCAAGACUCUGGCUCUCUUCUGGUUCCGAGCCAGGGAGAUUUCCCUGGGCGCCUGCCUGACCCAGGUGUUCUCCCUGCGCUUCACCAGCCUGGCAGAGUCCAAGAUGCUGCUGGCCAUGGCCUUCGACCACUUCUGGCCCUCUGCUUCCUGCUGUGCCACGGGCCAAAACGGGCUGGCAGCUGUGCUGAGGGGCUCCUGCAUCGUCCUGCCCUAUUUCCUGCGGCGGCAGCUGCCGUUCUGCGGGCUCAUGGUGCACACCCACUGCAGCACAUGGCGUGGCACGCCUGACCAUGCGUCUGCUCGGGCCGGCCGUGCCCUUCAGCGUGGCCCUGCUGGCCUGGCCCUCACCGCCGUGUCCUACGGCUUCACCCUGCUGGCGCUCUGGCGGCUGCCGUGGUGCUCUGCCCGCUGCACGGCCCUGCACGCCUGCAGAUCACACGCCUGCAGAUCACACACCUGCAGCUCUCACACCUGCUGCUAG